AUGCCGGUCCAGAGCUCUGCAAAAGUUGUUGGAAGUGCAGCUGCGGCCUCCGACUACUUGCAGUAUGGCGUGGCCCUGAGGCCGGAGAAGCGGCCGUUCUCCCCGCCCGGGUCUGACUGGACACUCAUGAGGUACACAGAGCCCCGUAAUCCCCCCACCACCACCACAAAGGCUCUACCUUGCCAGAACUCCUGGACGCACACAGUACACGCGGUUCCUCCAAAAGGGCCGCAGGUAAAUCUGCUGCUAAGCGGGAAACACAGGCAUUAG